AUGCUCCUCGACCUCGACCGUUGCUGGACCGACGAGCACGUCGAGGGCUCGACGUCCUUGAGGCGCUUCAAGGACUCUGUGCAUGACUACUUGCCGUUUGGGCCGACUAUAUGCGCGAUUAUCGACACGCCGCAGUUCCAAAGGCUGAGGGACAUCAAACAGCUCGGGACGUCCUACUAUGUGUGGCCGGGCGCGUCCCAUAACCGCUUUGAGCACUGUCUUGGAGUCGCGUACCUCGCGCAGACACUUGCCAUGCACCUGAAGGACUCCCAGCCUUCUCUGGGUAUCACACAACGCGACGUUCAGUGCGUGACUAUCGCCGGUUUGUGCCAUGACCUCGGACACGGGCCCUGGAGCCAUGUAUGGGACAGCAUGUUCAUCCCCUCUAUCCUCCCGGAGAAGAAGUGGUGCCACGAAGACGCGUCGAACAUGAUGUUCGACGCGCUUUUGGUGGAGAAUGAGCUCGACCUAUCUCCUGACGACGCGGCGUUCGUGAAGGCGCUCAUUAUGGGUGACACGAGCAUGUGCACGCAGGAAGAGAAGCCGUACCUAUUCCAGAUCGUGGCGAACAAGCGGAAUGGACUCGAUGUCGACAAGUUCGAUUACAUCGCCCGGGACUCGCAAGCCAUUGACAACAAGAGCAACCUUUCACUGACAAGGCUCAUAUACUCGUCACGAGUGAUUGAUAAUGAGAUUUGCUACGACAUCAAGGACGCAAACCAGAUAUUCGAGCUCUGCCACACGCGCAUGUCCCUGCACAAGCGCAUCUACACGCACAAGACCGCGAAGGCGAUCGAGUACAUGAUUGUGGAUGGCCUCACGAAGGCGGAGCCUGUCAUGCACAUCGCGAAGCGGCUCGAGAACCCGAGGGAGUAUCUAUACCUCACGGAUCAUAUCAUGACCGAGAUUGAGGCAUCGAAGGACCCGCGCCUUGCUGAAGCUCAGGCGAUUUUCCACCGCAUUCGCGUCCGCGAUUUGUACAAGUCUGUGGACUUCAAGGUGUUUCCGUGGCACUGCAAGAAGUCACUCGCGGACACGUUCACGCCCGACUCCGUCGUAGCUGCGUUCAAGAAGUUGUACGGGCAGCGCGGGGAGCUCAAGCAUGAGUCGUCCGACAUCAGCGAGCUGGAGCACGUCGAGGAGUAUGCGAACGAGCUGAGCCCGGAUCAUGUCAUCAUCGAAGUUACCGGGCGGCACCAUGGGAUGGGAAACCUCAACCCGCUGGGCUUCGUGAAGUUCUACUCGAAGCACAACCCGAACAAGGGCGUGGAGGCGAACCCCGACGACGUGUCGGUGACGCUGCCAGGCGCAUUUGGGGAGAUCAUGCUGCGUGUGUAUACGCGCGAGCCGCGCUUCUUCGGACUCGUCCAGCUCGGGUUCCGCGAGGUCCUCCGCGGCUUCACAAUCCCGCCCGCGCCGCAGUCUCGUGCGGCCACGGAGGAACUUGAGGACGGAGGGAUCGACAUCCCGCUUGACCUUGGGCCGGACCCUUUGGACAUGCUCACUCCCCCGGCAGAAUCCCCCUCGGCGUCAGCGCCUGCGGACGGUCUGGGGACGAGGCUGGGAAAGAAACAGCUUUCGCGGGCGGCGAGUGCGAAUGUGGCCGGGCUCGGUGCAACGAAGCCGAGAGCGCGGGCAGCGACAGGACGCAGCAAGUCGGCGAUGUUGGACCGGACGUCGAGCGGGCGGGUGACGGACGUGGGUGAGAAUGUGUUCACGAAGGUGCCGCCCACGUAUGGGUCCACGAGUCCGACGCGGAGGGCGAAGGGGCAGAAGAGGGAGCGCGAGAGGGAGGAGGAAAGGUUGACGGAGGAGGCAAGCACGUCGGGAGCGGGUGGGGUGAGCGGGGAGGCAGGAGGAAGCGUGAAGGAGCUGGACUUGGAUCUUGAACUGGAGUUGGAGCUGGACGGGGAGGGUGAGGGCGCAGGAGGGUCCAGAGGGGUUCGAGGGCGGAAGAGGUCCAAGGUUUGA